AUGCCUCUCUUUGAAAAGUAUCCAUGUGACAAUACCACAGCGCCGACAUAUUUAUCUUUCUCAACGGCCUCUUGCUCCGCACUCAUUGCAUUCAUCGCGACUGUUUUAAACUUCCUUGUGAUUCUUGCUGUUAUCCUAAACCCCUUCAAGGACCUGCGAUCGCCUUUCAACUACUUUAUAGCCAAUCUGAGCUUUGCAGAUCUUGUUUUCGGCGUAAUCGUUACUCCCCUGAGCGCAGCCCAGCAUGUUAAGGAGGGAUUCAGUCUCCGGAAUAAGUACCUAGAAGAUACGCUGCGUGUAGUUAAUUUUAUCUCCUGCACCGCUUCACUUCUGAGCCUAGCAGCCUUGGCAUUAGAUCGGUACGUUGCCAUUACGCACCCCCUAUUUUACAGAAGCUAG